CGUCGAUUCAAUUUUAUUUUAUACGCCCUCCGUAUAUCAAUAUCCCCUUGACAACCCAAAAAGAAACAUGUGGUUUGGGAAGCAAAGAGGCAUCGAGGAUAGCAAGACGCUUGAUUUUGAACCGUCGGGAGGCCUGGUUACCGCCGCAUUAAAUAGGUUAAUACUGGGCGUCUCUACACCGGGCAUAACGCUAGGUUUAUCGGAGUCUAAGCUUCUCAGUACUAUCGUGGAUCCCCUGAAGAUUGCCGGCAGCGCCCUCUCAGUACCAGGAGAGAAUGCAACGAACAUAGCGCUGGGUUCAUCGGAGUCUAAGCUUCGCAGUACCAUCGUGGAUCCCCGGAAGAUUGGCGUCAGCGUCUCAGUACCAAGAAAGAAUGCAGCAGGAUCCUCAGUGGUCUUCGAGAAUGAAGACAAGAUGGAGCGAGGCGAUGUAGUGCCUUCGAAGACUGAACCCGAUACUUCAGCGGAGCGAGGUGAGAGUAGUGCUCAGCCCCCAGAUGGAGGACAUCCCCCUGAUACCACUGGGGUAACAACUUCCUCCGAGGCCUUGCGCCACAAAAAAGCUGUCCUGCAACAGGCCAAACCGAAGUCGGGCACACCACCACAUGAUGAGAAGGCCGAUCCCGAUCCAUCUCCUGAGCAGGGUCAAGAGAGUCCAGCCAUCAAACAGUUAGGCGCUAUUGUCGCCGAGCUGCGGCAGAUCAAGGACAAGACGGGGGAAUCUGACUGGGACUUCUUCUUCAAGAACAUCGGCACGGUGGCCUCGCUCGGCGCCUCCAUCACCUUCGCGCUCAUUGUCACAGACAUCAAAGAUCCCCGUCUGGUCUCGAGACACGGGUGGAUCGACCUGUCGACGGUGCGGAUCAUGCUCGCCACCAGCUGGAUCCUGUUCAUGGCCGUCCUGUCGCUGUCGUUCAGCUUCGGGCAGAGACUCAAAAACCACAACUCGGGCAGUAUGCCGUUCUUGACGGUGUAUAUCCUGGAGCUGGCGGCGGUCAUGUGCUUGUCCUUUGUUGUCGCCGCGUACGUGGAAGUCGUGGGCUACGUGGGGAUAGCGUUAGUCUCAAUCGCGGUGAUGCUUGUCUUGGUUGAAGCAGCAACGUGGCCGCUUCCAGAAGAAUCCAAGGAACGCUCAAGACACCCAUCUAAGGAACGCUCAAGACGUUCAGAUGCCCUUGAAGAAAAAAAGAUACGUCGGGGGGGGACGCCCACGACGCCCACCCUUCCCGGCGUCUCAGUUACGUAUGAUCAAAGUGGGACCCAUUGAUGUCGAAGAGUUGGACGGAUGCCGUUCUGGUUCUGAAAAGGGGG